AAUGUAACGUUUCCUCCAUUCUUUACUCUUCUCGUCCAUAAAAGUACUCGAUGAAGUGUUCCAGUAAUCGACGACUACGGGUAUCGGCACUCUGCCAGAAAAAAGCAAAACAAUUCAGCAUUUCCCCGCAAAAGUCGGCAAAAUACGUAAAAGCACGUAUCGCGGUAAAAGCUUUCUUUCCAAAUAUACAGCGAAACAACAAUGGCCGGAAAAAUAAAACAAUAUUUUGCUACCUGAAGUCGAUUAUUUUCAUACUUUCAAUAUUGGUGAAGUCUGAUAGACAAGACUGGAAAAAAAUGUCUGCCAUGUAAAACUAAAUCAAAUUUCAAAUAUACUUGAAAUAGUUGACUCUUCAAAUUUUUAAAUAAAAUCCGAGCAUUCAACAUAAACCGCGACCUAAUUAAAUGUAGGUAUGGUUUAUUGCACUCAUCUCGGCAGAUCGCAAAUGCAAACAUGUCGUCACAAGCCUCGGUUUGACAGAAACGUUUUAUUCUUGAUGUGUGCAUACAUCAUACGACGUAUGUCACUAAGUACAUCGACGAAACAUCCAGAAGAUUCAGAUAACUCUAUUGAUAAAGAGAACUGAAGUAAAUUUGCGAUGAGUUACGCGCUACUGUACCAAAUUUCCACGUUUUGAUUACAUGUGGCAUUGAAAUUAUACUACGUAAGUUAAAAUGCCACUAACUUUGGAAUAGAACGAUACAUUAAAAAUACAAACAAUAAAAAUUCAACGGAAACAAUUCUCUGUUCGAAUGUAAAUCGGUACGUGUAGAAAUAGCGUCCGAACGAAUUAUCAAAGAAACGGAUGAAACUUACACUCGAGAGUAUUAAGUCGCUUAAAAAUUAGGGCUAUAAAUAUCGGCAAAGCAGCGAGUAAGAUGAACUACAGAUAGAUUAAGAUAUACAUCAUUUCGACAACCAUAAAUAUAUCCGAAGAGCCCCCGAAAAAAAAUGUAACAGUCAAAGAUAGCGCCGGAUCUCGGUGGCGGUAUAAAAAAUUAAGGCCAUAAAUAUUGAUUAAGUUCGAAAAACUAUGCCUCCUCCCUGUCACGAUAAGCAUAAAAGGAGAGGACCCAUCGACGAAUUCAACUACUUCCACUCCAAAAUGACAAGCGUCGUCUUGCCGGAUCAUCAAACCAUCGGAACCUGCGGAAACAAUGGACUCCUGCAACCUGCAACAUGGAACCAUCAUCAAAUUAUGCCAGAUCGCGUAACCAGGACAAUUUUGAAAGUUUCGCAGAAUUUAAGAUACGCCACCAAUUGGCUGCUUACCAGGAUAAGACCGAUCCCUUGACGCCAGCAGAAGACUCCAAAUCUCCUCGGAAACUCACAUCGAAGGACGUCCAACUGCUGGUGGAACGGGUCCUUGGGACCCCCAACACAAAAAUCGUAUCCUACGAGAUAAAGCCAUAUUCUUCGGAGAAGCUCGGUUUUCUGGGUGCCCAUAAUCACCUCCAAGUGUCCGUGAUCAAACUGAACUCACCCCGAAGAAAAGAGCUGGAAAAUCUUGACUUCUUCGUCAAAAGUCUGCCCUACGAGGUCGACACUCAGGUGAGCUACAUUCGCGAGCGUCGAGUCUUCCUAAAAGAAGCGCUGUUCUUCGAGAAGCUAUUACCCCUUUUAAAAGAGGGAUACCAGGGCGAGGAGUUUUGUCCUAACUCCUACUUGGUCGAGGAUGGCUUCCUGGUGUUGCAAGACCUCAGGAAAUUGGGCUUUUCUCCUCGAUCCGGUCUCUUCAGCGAGGAGUCACUGAAGUCCGCUCUGUCCUGUCUGGCCAGAUUCCAUGCAGCUUCCCUUUUAACGGAACAUCGUCUGCAGAAGGGCUUGCUGGAGAUCUGCCCAGAAGCUUUCCAGGAGGCCUCCUUCAGCAACAGCGGAAAGCUUUUCCAAUGUUUUAUCACCGGGGUGGAGCUUGCCGUGGUCAUCGCGGAGAAUCUCGGCCUGGACGCCUCCAGGAUCCCUCAGGUUUGCGAGAAAGUGUUUCACUCCGUUUUGCCCUCCUCCUGCAAAAGGAACGUCAUUUGUCACGGAGACCUGUGGAGCAGUAAUCUCCUGUUUGAUGAGACCUCACCACCGAGGUGUCUGCUGGUGGACUUCCAGCUGAUCCGGUACUGCCCUCCUGCCCAAGACGUGGCUUAUCUCCUGCACUUGACCACCAGCAGAGAUUUUCGGAAAACUCGAGGAACGAUGAUGCUGAGGUAUUAUUAUUCGGUCUUAGAGGAAGCGAUAAGAGCACAUAAUACAUCGAUGGAGGUACCAACUUGGUCCGAGAUCGCAACAUCGAUGGAGGAACAACGCUUGAUCGCCACAGUGUCUGCCGUUCAGUUUCUGCCAAAUGUCUUGAUGGAUGCAGAACUCUGCCACGAGGUGUUCGAUGAUCCCGAAAAUUAUGAAACCUUCGUCUUCCGAGAUAGGUGGCCGGUGGUGUUUGAAAACAUGAAGAGGGAUUCGGAAUAUAAACGGAGAGUCGAAGAAGCGGUUAAAGAGCUGCACGAGUUAUCAAUGAGAAUCGAACACUUGCCAAUACCAACGUGAAGACUUUGAUCCGUACUCGUUCGUGACUUUUAGCGUUAAAUGACGUCUUUCGUCCGAAGUCAUUAAAUGGCUAAAAGUUAUCACUUAAGGUGAAGUGAAACCCCCUUCAAAUCAGUCGAUUCGAAUACAACACUGUUUUUUAAGGGUAUUAGACCAAACUGUUCGAAACUUUGACACAUUACUCUUGAUC